GAGGCUCAAGUAAGUAACAGCUCCGUUAUUCCGGUGAAAGCAUGGCAACGGAGGCACAGAGAGUGGUGCUGAUCACCGGCUGCUCGUCCGGUAUCGGGCUCGCGAUCGCCGUGAUGCUUGCGAGAGACGAGAUGAAGCGCUACUACGGUAACAACAUUCAUCAACGUUUCUGUAAAAAUACCACAGUUCAGUGUAUUUGUCUGCCUGUCAGUAUGUCAAUGAUCGAGCCCGGGCCCGUACACACUGAGUUUGAGAUGAAGAUGUUUGCAGAUGUUUCUAAGAAAGAGUAUGUCGGUACUGAUCCAGAGACGCUACACCACUUUAGGACCUGCUACCUGCCCAGUGCAGCGAACAUCUUCCAAGGCCUGGGCCAAACACCUGAAGACAUCGCCAAGUGCACUAAGAAGGUGAUCGAGUCGCCGCGGCCUCCAUUCCGUAACCUGACGAAUCCUUUGUACACUCCGAUCGUGGCGCUGAAGUACGCGGAUGAGACGGGCAGCCUGUCUGUUCACACCUUCUAUCACAUGCUGUAUAAUCUGGGAGGAGUCAUGCAUGUUAGUCUGAGUAUCUUGAAGUGCCUGAGCUGUGGAUGCUUACGGAGACAAGCCAUCUCACCAACCUAACACACACUCAUACAUGCAUAUGUGGUUUACAGCGACUCUCAUAGGUGUAAUGGUUUUCAUACCGCACAAACUGUAUAUUCUAUCCCCUAAGCCUGCCCCUAAAGGAAGUCUCCUCAUAAACCAUGUUUACAUUGUAAUACCCAUGUCAUUAAAAACAUUUGUAUCCUCAUAAGCCAUGUAUUAUUAUAAGCACUCACUCACUCACUCACUCACUCACACACACACACACACACAUCCACACUUUCCAAUGGUUAUGAAUCAUCUUGUCUAACACCGUGUCCUAACUACAAGCAAUGCGACAGAAUCAAUCAAAUAUCACAGCCAAUCAAAAGCGAGUGUGGGUGGGCUCUCUCUGGAAGUGCACUGCACUCGCAAUGAAAUGGAUAAGUUUAUAAUCUAAUUCAUAAAUAUUAAACCUUUUAAACAUUAUUAAAUGUACGUACUGAGUGACUGAUACCAUCUUUGUUAUGGAAUAUGCUUGUGGGUUCG